AUGUCAUCACAAUAACAAUAAAGUUAAAGACAAUAAAGAUCAGUAACAAAUGUGAACAAUGUUUCAUUUUCAGGAUCUUAAAUUAAUAAUGUAAUAACUAAAUAAAAUUAAAGUAGCUUAAAAAAAGUGAAUCUUCACUAUCUCCAAUGAAAAAUCAAGAAUAUAAUAAAUCAAAAACAUAAAGAGUAUAUAAAACAUAAACAAUGAAUACUAUGAAUACUAUACCUACAAUGAAAGGAAUUCCAAAUACAUUUACAGUUUAAUAAAAUUGUGUUGCAGCUUAACCAUUAUGCAUGAAUAUUAUUGUAGUUUCAAAAGAAGAAAUAGAAAUGCCUUGGAGACUUGAAUGCGAAUAUUUACAAUCACUUAUAACUGAAUUAUAAAAUAAAUAAUAAAGCAAAUCUGUAUAAAUAGUAGAGAAAACAAUAACGGAUAAUUCUAGAGUUGAAUUAUUAGAAUCAUAACUUAAAGAAUUAAGAAGAUAAAAUGAAUCAUUGUAAUAUGAAUUACAUACAUCCAAAAUUAAUUAUGAAAAAGAAUUAUAAAGAAUAAAUGGUACAUUUGAACUUAGAAGUGUUUAAGUUGAAGAUAUUGCAUAAAAAGAAAGUGAAUUUUAUCUUAUUAGAAUUAAAUUAGAAGAUUAAAUAUCAAUAUUAGAAAAUAAAAUUAAAUAAUUAGAUAUAUAAUUAAGAAGAUCAUAAGAUGAAAAUUUUAAAUUAUAAUAAAUAAUUAGGUAAUUAAUAAUAUUAAUGUAGUACUCGAGAAAAUGAAAUUAAUUCUCUUAGAAUUUAAAUUACAUAAAUUUAAUCUAAUAGUAAUACAAGUGAAUUAAUUAGAAUUAAAGAAUUGGAAACUUAAAUUAGAUACUUAAAUUCUGAUAUUGAUAAUAUCAAUUCAAAACUUAUUAAUUCCAAUAAUGAAAAUUAAUAAUUAAGAAUCUAAUUAUAAAAUAUAGAUUAUAAAACAGAUACAAAAAAUAAUGAAUUAAUACUUAAAUUAAGAGAAUAUGAAAGUAGAAUAACUAUGCUUACAUCUGAAAUUGAACGUCUUAUUUAUUCAAUUAAAUAAAAAGAUAUAGAAUUAGAUGAAUGGAAGACUAGAUAUUAAUAAUUAGAAAUGUCUGGAUCUUCUGUUUUCUAAGAAAAAGUAGAAUAUCUAUCUUAAGAAGUAGAAGUUUGGAAAUCUAAAUUUAUUAGAGCAAAUCAUGAAUAUAAUAGAUGUUAAGAAGAAAUUUCAAUGUUAUAAGCAGAAUUAGAAUCAUUAAAAAAAUAAAAAAAAGUAUUAUUAUUUAUUUAUUUUAAUUAUUUAGUAAGAAUUAACAAUUACUUCUAGAGUUGUUACCAAAUAAGCAACAACAUAAAAUAGUGGUUAUAAAUAAUACUAACAGUGA